UCCUUCGACUAUCAGUCAUUCUGAAAUAAAAAAGUUUGCAGAUUUGCGAAAAAGGUUUUCAAGGCUUUUGAAAAACGCGAACGUUGCUCAAGAGAUGCCGCCUGCACAAACUCAGAGCCAAAAUGAUUUAUCGAAUGCUAGCGAACAAACUCAACUUCCCUUCCCACCGGAAGUGAUCGAGCUGAUAUUUCAACAUUUGAGUGUGUUCCAGCUCAAGCAGGUUCGACGAACCUGUCGCCUUUGGAAAACGAUCGUCGAUGGCAGUGUGAUUCUGCUGCGGAAGUUCUGCCUGAAUCUGCCCAAAGGUGUCAUCCUUGAUCAAGCCUGCGAGCCAGCCUGUCUGCUUUCGGUCCCUCACGUGUUCGUUAGUAAUGCCAGGAUUAUCAGCCUGGAACCGUGGUGGCCUGUACUAGGGGAAAACCUUGGAAAACUGAGAAUUUUCAACUCCAAGUUUUCGUUGCCGAUGCUCGCUGGAGUGUUACGGCGAACUCCAAAUUUGAAGGAAUUGGAUCUAUUUUACAACCAGUAUCCGACAAACGUGGACGUCUCGCAGUUCGCCAACUUCCAGCUCGACCGCAUCGAACAGCUCAGAUUGCACGACCAUCAAGACAAAUUGAUUCAAUUAAUACGACGGGUUUGUCCUCGGCCACGUAAUCUGGAAUGCAACGCCGAUGAUAUGGAGCAGCAGAUUAUUGAGUACCUGCAGACGGCUCAGGAUUCCUUGGAAAGGGUUAGAAUCUCCGCCACUGAUCCCAUCCUAACCACGAUGAGUAGCCUGCCGAGACUUCGAUUGAAAAUUGUGAUUUUAAGCUGCAUCCUGACAACAUCCGAAAAAAUGCUGCAAUUUGUCAAAGCUCAGCCCACUAUCGAAAUGCUUAGCUUAGAGGGAGCUGAAUUUAAUAAUGCGAUAAUGUGCGAGAUUGGUAGAAAUCUUCCAAAUCUGCGAAACUUGCAUGUUGAGCUCCUCUCCACUAGCACAAGCGAUGCUACCAUCUGGCGGCCAACUUUUCUUGCCACCAUGCCGCAUUUGGUGUACCUCUCGAUAGAUGCCGACUUCAUAGAAAAUCUGCGAGCCACGUUUGAGGGGUAUCAAAACCCAAACCUGGAGGAAAUCACCCUGUGCGGCCUAAAUUUCGAGGCAUCCGAGGCGCUUGGCCGGUAUUUGCGACAUUCCCCUCAUCUACAAAAACUGGCUCUUCAAAACACAACCAUCCUCGCCGAAUCGGAUCUAUUUGCAAACCUACCGUUAUCGAAGCUGCACACCUUAACGCUGAUCAAUGUUUUAUGCUGCGACGAGGAUGAAUGCCUCGUUGAGAAGUUUGAAAACUUGCGAGUCUUAGAGUUGAACGAAAUUGAUAUGAGCGAGGACUUGGCGAGUGCCAUUAUCCAACUAAGUCCAAAUUUGGAGUCAGUGCGGAUUUGUAAAUUGCCCCUCAACGAUCGAUUGGUUCUGGAGUUGUGUCAAUCUCUUAAACGACUCAAAACAUUGUCCCUUCGACGGUGUCACGGUAUCACGGACGCCUCUGUUGAGCACAUCAUCACUCAUUGCCACGCGCUGGAACAACUGGAUGUAUCAACCUCCUCUAAUUUGUCAAAGGAAGCAACAAACCGACUGAAACAAACAGGGAGAUUCCAGCUUAAGCAGAUUUUUAACUUUGCUGAAUUGUUUAUUUGGUGAAAUAUGUGUGUACAAAUUUUGUCAUUUGCUUGAAUGAAUGAAUUGAUUAUUGUUCCCCAUUACUAUAUUCAUCGUUAGU